UGUGCGUUACCAUGGGAGCAGGUCGAUACACGCCUUACUGAACAGGAACAGGACUCAAACGGAAGGGAUUCUAUAUAACCAACAAACUUGACUUUAUCAACAGAACCAGACAGCGACCUGAAGGAGACCUCAAGAACCUCAGCAUGGUUUCUACAGCUUCUGCUGACGGUUGGCUGACUUGCAUCACCCUGAUGAACAAAGAUUCAGGACUGUCCGAGGACUUUUGAACACAAGGAGUAGUGAACUGGCUCUACUGAGAACUGGUACAAAACAGCAGAGGGGAUGGUGCUCUUUUGAAAGACCCAAAUACUUCCCAGCGGAGUCCCCUCUUGCAAUAUCGCCGGAAAAUAUUGUUCAUGAGCUGAGAGACGAUGAACCGCUACACCACCCUGAAGCAGCUGGGUGAUGGCACCUAUGGCAGUGUGCUGAUGGGGAGAAGCAACGAGUCUGGAGAACUUGUGGCCAUCAAAAGAAUGAAGAGAAAGUUCUACUCAUGGGAAGAGUGCAUGAACCUGAGAGAAGUCAAGUCAUUAAAGAAGCUGAACCAUGCCAACGUUGUGAAACUGAAGGAGGUGAUCCGAGAAAAUGACCAUCUUUACUUCGUGUUUGAGUACAUGAAGGAGAAUCUUUAUCAGUUGAUGAAGGACAGAGAAAACAAGAUGUUCUCAGAAAAUGAAAUUAGGAACAUCCUGUUUCAAGUUUUAACUGGCUUGGCUUUUGUACAUAAGCAUGGUUUCUUCCACCGAGACAUGAAACCAGAGAAUCUGCUGUGCAUGGGUCCAGAACUGGUCAAAAUAGCCGACUUUGGACUGGCAAGAGAGAUCCGCUCCAAACCUCCAUACACAGAUUACGUGUCAACAAGAUGGUACCGAGCGCCAGAGGUUCUGCUCAGGUCGUCCACGUACAGCUCACCUAUUGACAUGUGGGCGGUGGGAUGCAUCAUGGCUGAGCUGUACACGCUCAGACCACUCUUCCCUGGAAACAGUGAAGUGGAUGAGAUCUUUAAGAUCUGUCAAGUCCUGGGGACGGUAAAGAAGAUGGACUGGCCAGAAGGCUACCAGCUGGCCUCCGCGAUGAGCUUUCGCUUCCCACAAUGUGUGCCGACCCACCUGAAGACGCUGAUCCCUAAUGCCAGCAAUGAGGCCAUCAGAUUGAUGAGGGACCUGCUACAGUGGGACCCCAAGAAAAGGCCGACUGCUGUUCAGGCUCUGCGGUACCCGUACUUUCAAGUUGGCCAUAUUUUAGGGCCUCGUCCUCUCAGCCAGGAUAUCAAGAAGGUCCAAGCCAGACAGGAGACCGAGGAGCAGGUCUCGGAGUCUAAAACGGAAUCCCAAAAAUCAUCAUCCGAGUCCUCUUCCAAGCACCAGCCCCUGCAGCAGAUCCCCCCUCCUCAAUCUGAGAGCAAACCUGCAGUAGUCAAUGUAGUUCAGAGAGCAGCUUCUUUGGGAAGCGAAAACAGUAAUGUUGGUGCCAUCAGUGGUCUCGGGGUGGUGAAGAGUGGCCGACGACGCUGGGGUCAGACGCUGAGCAAGGCCUCAGAGAGCUGGGAGGACUGCGACCUGACAGAAACUGCUGCUUCAAACUCCAAAAAGCCCAGUUUGGCAAACGAGGAGCAGCAGAGGACAGUGAAGGACCAACUCCCUCAGCCAAAGGAGCAGAAACCGCUGUAUUCAUUCAGCACUGUGACCAAAAUACCAAACAAUGUAAAAGUUGCUCAACCGGACUCCGUCCUUCCAGGAUCAGCUGCAAGACAGCAUUAUCUCAGCCAGUCACGAUACCUGCCUGGUUUGAUCAACAAAAACCAAAACUCUGUUGACAAAAACUUCAACAGUAUGACGCUGAGGGACUUAUGGGAGAACACAGCUGCAAACAAACCACUGGCGCCGAUUGGAGCAGUCGUCAGAGCCAACCCAGACACCACUUCUUUGAAUAGCCCACCUGCAGUUGUUCAAGAAAGAAUACUGGAGAAACUUGAUCUCAGUCAAGGGAACUUUGUCAGCACCAAGUAUAACCUUUCCAGUGGCUUCAUUCCAACUGUCCAGAAGAAAGAAGUGGGUUCUGUGGGCCAGAGAAUCCAGCUCGCCCCACUGGCUGGACAGCACCCAACCAAUGCUUCUCCUGAAAACAAAAAAGACAAGCAAAAAAUUGCAAAGCUCAAGCCUUUGUCCAACUCUUCUUUGAGUGAAGCAAAUGAAGAUUACGACGGCUGGAAGAGGAGGACAAACAGAACUCAGAUGAAGGGAAACGGCUACGCAGCCCUCAGAAAGACAUCUGGAAAUCUCCUGAGCAGAGCUCCAGCCGUGCAGCCCGUCCACGGCAGAGUGGACUGGACGUCAAAAUACGGCGGAAAUCGCUAGGUGCUACAGUUCAAAACAAAGUUGGUUGAAAAAUCGUGAAAGAAAUAGAACAGAAAACGUCGAUUGCUCGAUAGAUUACGUUCAUAGAGAACGGAUGGCGGGUAUUUCAUUAGUAUUUCACACAAAUCAAACCACGUGGUUUAUUUAACUGUUGCCAUGAUUAGGAAUUUUGAAGAUGUAUAUUGAGCCAAUUUCACUUUUGAAGCGUUGGCUAGUCACAGCUGCUACCACUUAUCGAUUCCAUGCUCUCAGUGAGCACUACAAAGGAUUAGACUCAGUUGAUACUACAAAAUGUACGUGGCAAGAUAGGCAAUAUCAUAUUUCAUUUGCUGGCAUGGCCAUCUUUUCUGUAAUAAAAACUCUAAACCCAUCCUUCCACACAGGUACAAGUCCACCUUUAUCUGCAUUUGAAUUAAUAUUUAUCAUGGUUAAAAUGUCAUUCUGAAAAUACAGUCCAAAUGCACCAUAGUUGGACCCAAAAGCAGAGUAUUGUAAAAGUUUGUGACCAUUUCGCAAUGUCGCCUCUGAUAUGCUGCGUCGGAGUUAUUCUACGUUAUUUCUACGACUUUCUGUUAUAAAUGUGAAGAAAAAAAUGAUUUUGUAACCUUUGUACAAUUAAACUAUGA